AUGGGCAACAAGUGCUGCAGCCGCCGUCACGAUCCCGACAGACCUUUGGUAUAUCCAGCCUACAAAAAGAACGAGGCAGGAUUCACGGCGUGUCCAUCACUGGAGACACGUUAUACCGGCGAGCCGAACAAUCGAGCAGUAUCAAGAAGACCUGCAGAUAUCGUCAGGACACGAAAUCCAGGAGCAUGUAUAUCAAACGGUGGACGUCGAGUGGUAAAAGCGCUAUGCGCCUACACCGCGCGCGCAGAAUCCGACAUCUCAUUUCGGAAGGGCGAUCGUAUGGAAGUGCUGAGCGACGCGGAAACAGACUGGUGGAGGGUGCUCCAUCUUACAACGAGACGGGAAGGGUUGGUGCCAGCUAACUUUGUGGCGGAAGAGAGCUCUGUUGAAUGUGAAGACUGGUUUUUCCCCCACGUGUCCAGAAAAGAGGCUGACAAGCUUCUCCUAGCUGAGAUCAAUCCUCGAGGUACGUUCCUAGUGAGGCCCGCGGAGCACAACCCUCAUGGAUUCAGCCUUAGCGUGAAAGACUGGGAAGAAGGCAGAGGAUACCACGUGAAGCAUUAUAAGAUCAAGCCAUUGGACAAUGGAGGGUUUUAUAUCGCGACCAAUCAAACAUUUCCGAGUCUUCCCGCCCUUGUUAUGUCUUAUACGAAGAACGCGCUAGGCCUCUGCCAUGUGCUGGCCCGGCCUUGCCCCAAACCGGAGCCCCAAAUGUGGGAUUUGGGACCGGAGUCGCGGGACAAAUGGGAGAUCCCAAGGGCCCAGAUACAGCUGAUCAAGAAGCUGGGGCAGGGGAACUUUGGCGAAGUCUACUACGGCAAGUGGUGCAAUAGUAUAGAGGUCGCCGUCAAAACUCUACGAGAAGGUACAAUGUCGAAGCAAGCGUUCCUCCAAGAAGCCGCCAUCAUGAAGAAGUUCCGUCACAAGCGAUUGGUCGCACUAUACGCUGUGUGCUCCCAACAGGAGCCCGUCUACAUCGUCCAAGAGUACAUGUGCAAGGGAUCUCUACUAGAAUUCCUCAGAAACGGCGAAGGCAAAUCCCUCCACUUCGAAGAUCUAGUCUACGUCGCCGCUCAGGUCGCCUCAGGGAUGGAGUAUCUCGAGUCCAAACUCCUCAUACACCGGGACCUGGCGGCUCGCAACGUGCUCAUUGGAGAGAACAACGUCGCCAAAAUAUGCGAUUUCGGAUUGGCCCGAGUGAUAGAAGACAACGAAUACUGCCCCAAACAGGGCUCGCGGUUCCCUGUCAAAUGGACCGCACCCGAAGCGAUCAUCUACGGCCGGUUCUCGAUAAAGAGCGACGUGUGGUCGUACGGAAUACUCCUGAUGGAGCUCUUCACGUACGGCCAGAUACCGUACCCGGGGUUGCACGGAAAGGAAGUCAUCGAGCAGGUGGAGAGGGGGUAUAGGAUGCCCAAACCCGUGGGGCACUAUUUGCCCGACGACAUUUAUAGACUUAUGCUCCAAUGUUGGGACGCGAUACCCGAGAAGAGGCCGACAUUCGAGUUCUUGAACCAUUAUUUCGAAUCGUUCACAGUGACCAGUGAAAUACCGUACAGAGAAGUGCAGGACUAG